GGGACCCGGAGCUCGGUGGAGAGCGGAGAGCUUGGUCUGCACUGCCGACGCCGCUGGCAGCGAGGCUGUCUCCGGAAGGCGGACCGGCGAUAGCCCAGUGCCCGCUCUCGGCUGCCCGCUGCUCUCCUCUGCGCCCCUGCCAAUCUCAUUCAGGACACAGUGACCUGGUUUUUGUUUGUUUGUUUGUUUGUUUUGUUUUGUUUUUUCUUAAUCACAAGGGCGUGGGUCAGCCUCCCCUAGGACUUCAUGUCUGUAUAUUUCCCCAUUCACUGCUCUGACUAUCUGAGAUCGGCUGAGAUGACUGAGGUGAUGAUGAACACUCCAGCCAUGGAAGAGAUUGGUCUCAGUCCCCGCAAGGAUGGCCUUUCCUAUCAGAUCUUCCCUGACCCAUCAGAUUUUGACCGUUGCUGCAAACUGAAAGACCGCCUGCCCUCCAUAGUGGUGGAGCCCACAGAAGGGGAGGUGGAGAGCGGGGAGCUCCGGUGGCCCCCUGAGGAAUUCCUGGUCCAAGAAGAUGAGCAAGACAACUGUGAAGAGACAACAAAAGAAAAGAAGGACCAGUAGAGCCCCGCAGGCUCCCCUGGGUCAUGCCAGCCAGCAUAUCUGAACUGUUUUUCCCAUGGUGGUGGAAGAAGAGAGUGAGCCACAGUCAUUCUGAAAAUGUCAAAUGAGGCUUCCGUUUUGCACCUGAAAAUCACCGAGUUGGUUUUCUUUUCUUUUUUCUUUUUUUUUUUUUUUUUGUCUUUUUUUUUUUUUUUUUUUUAAUUCGUUGAGCAAUGGAGCCCUCUGACAACUUGCAAGGCUGAGAAAGGAAGCUGCUGAGAACAGGGGUGGGGGUGGGGGGAAGGGGUGCUGCUUCUAAGAUCCCUAUCUGAACUCUAGUGCCAGAGGCAGUGCAUAUGUGUGUAUGGGGGGGGCGGGGCGGUUCUGGCUGAAGGGGUGAGCAAAUGAGCAAGAAAUAUUUUAGAUUAAAACAACAACAACAAAAAAACCAAAACAAACCCCACACUUUUAAAGAGAACUACCAGGCAUCUGACAACCAAGUCUUUCAUCUCCUGCUCUGUUGCUCACAGCCACCAGCCUUUGCUUUCAUUUCAAGUGUGUUUGGUCACCCACAGAGAUAUAGGGCCAGGAGAAACUUAGGAAGCCAUCAGCUAGAGGGAUGCACAGGAAAGGAAGAUCCCACCUGUCCUUCCCAUGGACUUUGCUGUAGCUGCUUCAGGCUCUCAGAGCCCCCAGGGUCCCAGAAGGCUUUAAGGCAUAGUACUUUUGAGGUUUUUCUCCCUAUUUACCCCCUUUUGCCUUCUGGUAUAUAGGGGGAACGGCCAGAACACUUCCUGCCCUUGUGGGACAUUCCAAGGCUGCAGGCUGAACUGGGAGCACCUCCUCCCCCUGUGGGUCUCCCAAGAAUUCUUAUGUAGUCUCCAUGGAGCAGAAGGGCUGAAGAAUCAGCUCUCCCAGGCCUGCCCUUCCUUCUCCUUUGGCCACAACAGUCAGGUGGAUGGUCCCCAGCUCUGCUGUGGCCCGUCUUCACCCAUCUGACCUGCAGCAGGACUACUCCAAUGGGGUUCCCAGCCCAGCUUCCACAGGCACUAAAAGCAGAAUGUGCUUCCUGGUUAGGAAGCUGGCUAGAGGGCUUCCAUGCAGGGCCCUGGGUGGUGGUGCAUUGAUCUGCUGAGGCUCCCAUGUGUACCAGGCCUCCAGUGGAGCAGCUGUGGGAUCCAGUUUGAGACAGUAGCUGUGAGAUCACUGCUUCUCCUCACGGUGCUCCUGAGCACAGGUUGGGAGAAGAAAUGGGGUGCACUGGGGUAUCCUUGUAGAAUAGCAGCUUUUAUUUCUUUCCCACCUUCCCUGUCUCUGGAAAGGGCAGCAGUUGCAUGAGGAAAUUAACAUCUGGACUUAGCUUCUGAUCGUAGCUCAGAACCUUCUGGAAUAGUGGGUUAGCGGACAGAAUUUUUAGAGCAGUGCUGUUUGGUCAAGAGGUGGACUUAAAGCCUUCCUUGGGCUUCGCAUAGCCAACUGAGGCACUCACAAUGUCCCCUCUUGUCUCUGUCAGUCCAGGUUGACCCCCAUCUUUGGACUAGUGUGUCUGGCUCUAUUUAAUACCUCAAAGUCAGUGUGGCUCUGGGGCACGUUGGGGCAAGAGCGUGGGGGUGUGCUGUUGACGCGGCAUUCAGCAAGGUUUGGUUCUGGGAUGCCGAUGGUCACCCUCCUCCCCCUGCCUCUUCCCUCUGUCGUCUGCCUGUGAUACACACCGAUGGCAAUAACUUUUUUCUGGCUCCUUGCAGAAGUGGGAGAGGGCUGUGGCCAACCCCACAAUGGGGGAGCUUCUCUCUCUUGUUUCCACUCUGCUCUGUUUUGGCUACAGAGAUCUGUUCAUCCCCACCCCAUCCCCCUUCUCUCGCAGCAUUUCUCAUUCCUCGCCUCCCUUUAUGGACAGGUGUCUGGCCUUUUAAAUUCCUGUGUUUUGGUGUCUUCUCACUCCUACCCCAGUUAUGUGUCUUGGUCUUGCCGUGUGAUGGGAUGUGCUUGUAAACCCAGUAUCAAAUCAGCUUUGUGUAUAUGUGUGUCUAUGGGGUGGCUUCUUCCUUUUGCUGGUCACGAGACCAUGUUGUACAACCGUGUGCUGUUUGAGCAGGUCAGGGGCUGACAACUAACGUCAGGACCCUCAGCGGUUGAGGCUGUUGGGGGGACCCAGCUGCUCUUGGACAAGUGGCUGAGCACCUGUCUGGCCUCCUCUUUUUCUCCUCCUCUUCUUUCUCCUCUUCUUCCUCCUCUUUCUUUAAGUAAUUUGUGUGUAUUUCUAACUGAUCGUAUUGAAAAAAAAAAUCCUAGUAUUUCAGUGACAUGCCUGUCGUGAGAUGAACCUCCUGUGACUUCUGUCUGUUCUGUAUUGAGGCUCAGGGAGAAACUAGCAUUUUUUUUUCCAAACUACUUUUUGUCACUGUGACAGUUGUAAAUAAAGUUUGAAAAUGCUUUCCA